AUCUUUUCAUUUUCAAUGUAACCACUAGGAAAAAAUUAUAUCCAAGUCUAAAACUACGUGGCAAUGACUGGUAAUCAUGAAUGCAUAGCAGUAGGAUAUCCAAUUGAUUUUUAUAAAGACCUCGUUGUCACCCGAAUGUGUAAUGAUGUAUUCUUGGAGACGAAAUAUUUUUUGGAUAAAAAAAUAGUCCCACAAUUUUCAGAAUACCCAUACCGGUUUUCUGAACAACAUAUGAGUCCAUCAUGUGAGUAUGACGAGCAAGAGGAUUACUUGUACAGACGGUGUCAAACUGAUAAAAAUUCUGAUCGUGUCUCAAACGUCCGAAAAAUAAGUUUAUUUGCAGAAUCUUGCGAUAUUGCCAGCGACGAAGUUGUAACAAGUCUUCGGUUCCAUGAAAGUGAAGGUAUGAUCUACAUUAAACCUCAAUGUGGUAUUUUUGCUGAUGGGUGAGUCAAUCGUUCAAGUCUUAAAUGGCGAACAGGUGCUAGAAAAUUGCACGAUGUAAACUUCCUUCCAAGCCACGUUGUACUCGAAUGGAAAACGAAAACAUUCAAUUUGGAGAAUAGUGUAUUGCCUGAAGGUGAUUUUGUCGUAGCAGUAAAAUUUGAGAUCAAAGAAAAUGUUAUAUCAU